AUAAAGGAAAGCGUAAUAGCAUUAUUAAAUGUCUACUACGAAAACAGUUUUUUAUUUAAUUGUGCGUAGAACAUACUGGCAGUAUUUAGGUUUGAGCCUUUCAGCUACAGUGUGUUUAUCCCACGUUGUAAGUUCGAAGCUAAGUAUAGUUAAACUAGCAAAGCUAAUGUCAGCCGCCUCUUGGAGGAUCAUAAAAUACUUUGAAACACCAUACUACAAUUCCAAAAAUACCAUACUACAAUACCAGUAAUACCAUACUACAAUAGCAUUGUUGGCUGACCCUCUGUGAGAUGAUGGACGUCACUGAAACGGAAGUCACACCUCCAAAUAGCGCUUCACUUGGAGAAGCAGCAUCUGGACGAGGAGAGCCUAUCUCUAAUGACGGAGAAAAUGAUGGUGGUGAUGAUGAUGAUGAUGACCUCUACUACAUCCCUGAGAGAAGACCUUCUCUGGACCUGGGACCAACUCCAAUGGAUACAAGCCACUGGCAUAACAUUGACCAGGCCUUGUCUCCAGCUCUGAGCUACAGCUCAAUGUCAAGUGAGCAGGACACAGAUAAAAUGGAAAUGGACAGUUUGCCAACAAGGGUUCAGUUUGAAAGAAGUGGUUCAUUUUCAAGUUGCUACACCUUGGACAGUGAUGAUUGUGAAAUAAGAAUACCUAAGGUUAAAAGUGAAGAGGAAGUGGUGUCAGAACCUUCUGAGUCACCAGAGGUAUUGGAAGACAUAAGUGAGUUUAGGCACCCUUCUGUGACAGUGGCAUUCACCUUCAAGGUUAUCUGUAAUACACUUAAGAAGCUGACAGAAGGAGAUCUUAACACAUUUAAGACGAUGCUGUGGAAGCGCUACCCCCAGGCAUUCAUCACUUCUCCCCAAGGCAUGGACAUGCUGGACCUUGUGGACCGGUUGCUUGAGUGUUACAACCUUGAAAUGUCUUUGCAAAUUACCAGAAACCUUCUUCUGGAGAUGGGUCUGAAAAAGAUGGUCGACUAUAUGCAGAUUUCGUGCUUCAGAAAUGAAGUCCGCCAUGGUUUAUGUGAGAUUCUAAAAGAGAAAUACAGUGAAGUAGAUGAGGAUUUUUCUGCACAGGGAGAGAAGAGGCCUUUUGAUGAUGUCUUUACAAAACCUUACAUAACUUCGACAUGUAACAAUGGUCCAAAUAUUGACCAUGAAAUCAUGACCAUAGACAAGCUGAGCACCAAUCGAGAUCCGGGGAAGGAAAUACCUACCAAGGAUAUUUUGAAUCCUGAACUGAUGCAGAAAUUAAAUGUUAGGUUCAUGCUAAUCAUUGGAGCGCCAGGAUCAGGGAAAUCUAUGGUUGUCAGAAAGAUAAUCCUCGACUGGAUAGAAGAGCGGGCCCACAAGCAUGUAGGUUUUCUGUUUCCUUUGCCAUUCAGAGAACUCAAACAGUUCGAGGGUUUGCAGGUUUCACUAUUGGACAUAAUACAAAAGCUCUACCCACCAACAAUAAAACUGAAGGAGGAAGAUUUUCGAUCUGAAGACUGUAAAAUAAUGUUUAUAUUUGAUGGUCUUGAUGAGUAUCCGGAAAAGAUUGACAUGGACAACGCUGAGCUGCUCAGUAACCCCGUACAUGUCAGCCACCUGAAUGUCAUAGUGGUCAACCUCCUCAGAGGGAGACUGCUCUAUCGCGGCCUAUUCAUUGUCACUACUCGGUCACAAGUAAAACGCUACGUUCCUUGGGACACACAUUGUGAUGAGAUAGAGCUACGUGGUUUUCAUGACCCUGACAAGGAAGACUACUUCCAGAGGAAAUUUAAGGACCCAGAUCAAGCAGCCAGAGUGAUUGAGUACAUCAACUCUUCUAAAACCUUGCGCAUUAUGUGCCACCUGCCCUUGUUCUGCUCACUGGUUGCUGAUGAAUGCCAGGCAAUAUUCAGAGAAAAGGGAACUCAGGCAGAGCUGCCAAGGAGCAUCACCUACAUGUACACAAAGCUGCUGCUUUUGCUCAUACGCCAGCGACGCAAAUUCAGAGUUCCAGAUACUAGCCCAGAAAACGAAAGAGACUUCCUCAUCAAACUUGGAAAGUUGGCCCUCUCUAUGCUGGAACAAUGCAACUUCAAGAUAACCAAGACUGACUGGAAGGAGUCAGGAGUCAGUGAGGAGGAGGCAGUGUUGCACAGUGGCCUGUGCAUACAUUACACAACAAAGCCAUAUGUCUUGUAUCAGGAGAAAGUCUUGAGCUUUAUCCACCCAACCAUGCAGGAGUACCUGGCUGCUCUUUAUGCAUUUCUCUCCUUCACAAAUCAGACAAAGAACCUUUUUGACCAGCAGCGGAAAAUUAAUUUGAAGGUAAUGUUGGGGAAGGGAACCGACUACAUGGAGCUGUACAAGAGCGCCGUGGACAAAAGCCUGACGUUUGAGGAUGGCAGACUAGACAUGUUUCUGCGUUUCCUCUUUGGGAUGGCUAUUAAGCCUAACGUGGAACUUCUCCAGCCGUUCUGCACGUCACCUGUAAAGUGGCCAACAUUCGUCGAAGAUGCUGCUGCCCUCAUUAAGAAGAAGUUGAGGGAAAAUUUGCAUCCCGGUAGGAAUGACAAUUUGCGGCACUGUUUGGAGGAGCUAGGUUUGCCAUCAUCACAGGCAGCAUCCUCAUGAUCAACGUAUAUGUCAAGACUCACAUUGGGCACCAAAACUGCCUGUUCUAGCAACAUUUAAUUUAACCAUUAUUUACACUAAUGGUUCGAUGUUUAAGCAUAAUAAUAAGUCAAACAUGAUCGCUUCUAGGUACAUUGAUGAACAUGAACUGUGGUAACAGAAUCUUUUAAACAAAUGUAUGCCUGAGUGUGUUUCAAUUUGUAUGUGCCUUCUUAUAAUACACAUUAACCAAAUGUUCCUGGUAUUGGAAAUGUAAAAUGUAUUAAUUACUAAUAUUGUUACUAAUAUUGUUACUACUGCUGUGUUUUAAGCAUUCAGUUUUUUAAAGUAAACUGUUAUGGGAAAUUACUCUACUUUUAUAUAAAAAAUUAUUUUGAUUAUUUUUGAUUUUGUGUUUCCACGUUCACCACAGUGCAUGAGGAAGGCUGCUUAGAUGAAUAUUUUGGUAUAUAAUAAUAAUAUAUAAAGGAACUGCUUACAGUGUUUGUAGUCCGUAUCACUUCCCUCGCAUCACUGACCUUUAUGGAAUGCGUUCUGCCAGUUCAUCUAAACUAAUUAAAUAACUGAACUAUAGGAAG